GCUCCCGGACCGCCGCCUGACGCCGCGCUCGUCACCGACAGGGUGGGACAGGCGGAAGCGCUGAGAGUGACCGACGCAGAACCAAUUUAUUCUCGGCGCUUGUUUAGUUGCAGGUUGUAAAAUGCCGGCUUAUCAUUCAACCCUUAUGGAUAGUGAUGUAAAACUGAUUGGAAACAUGGCAUUAUUGCCGCUUAAAACACAAUUUAAAGGACCAGCUCCUAAAGAAACCAAAGACACUGAUGUCAUUGAUGAAGCAAUCUACUAUUUUAAGGCAAAUGUUUUCUUCAAAAACUAUGAAAUAAAGAAUGAAGCUGACAGAACCUUGAUUUAUAUCACCCUCUAUAUUACUGAGUGCCUCAAAAGAUUACAAAAGUGCAAUUCCAAAAAUCAAGGAGAGAAGGAAAUGUAUACCUUGGGGAUAACUAACUUUCCCAUUCCUGGAGAGCCAGGCUUUCCUCUUAAUGCCAUGUAUGCAAAACCAGGACACAAGCAGGAAGAUGAGAUGAUGAGGGGUUAUUUGCAGCAGAUCAGGCAAGAGACUGGACUGAGACUUUGUGAAAAAGUGUUUGAUCAACAGACAGACAAACCCAGCAAGUGGUGGACAUGUUUUAUAAAGAAGCAAUUCAUGAACAAAAGCCUGUCAGCACCAGGACAUUAACAUCACAAAAAAGUGCAACAACUGAAACACCAUACAGACAUGACAUGCAGCAAGAUGUACAAAAUUUUUGCCUUGUUUCAUAUAAUUUUAUACUGGGUUUGGAUAUAAUAAAGUAGUAUCAUUCUGAAGAGCAUUUUUUAAAAUGUGAAGACUAUUAAAUGCUUGGCAUGGUAUAAUUUACUUGAGAGCUUCUUACUUUGUGCCUAAAUGGUGAUCAGUAAAUCUGAUGUUCAUGAUAUUUCAAAGCUGUACCCCAAUUCCCAGUUACUAUUGUCAUCACAUUGCAUGUUAUUGCAUCAGUAUAUAAACUGAUGGUGCUUGCUGAACAAUAUUAGUAUUAACGGUAUUGGUAUUUUUCUCCUGUGACUGGUAGUAGAAUACUAUCAGUUGUAGCUUAUAAUAAUGUUCAUUUUCUGCUGUGUAACACAAUUUUCUCAGCUGUAAGAAGUGAAAAAAAAUCAGAACCUUCUUCAUUGCCAAGCUUUAAUACAGAUUAAGCUUGCUUUCCAUAUUUUGGCAAAAAUUGAUGUUAAUUGUUUUCUUUUUUUAAAAGAAAAUGGACAAAUAAAAUCUUUGGACAUCGAA